CAGGGGCCGACUGACCAUUUGGAAGCUCAGGCACUGCCCGAGGGCCCGAGGUCAGUAGGGGGCCCCAUGAGAUGCCCCUGGUACCUUUUUUCAUAGGCUUUUUUGAGUUUGGGCAAGGACACAGGGGCCCCAUGAUCCCCUAUUGCCCGGGGGCCCCAUGAGUUGUCAGUCCGCCCCUGAUCACAAUAGACGUUGGUCAGUCCAUGUUGUGCUGACCGUGUGUUUGUCAAUGCAGGCAGUGGUUCCAUUGAGCCGGAUGAGCUGCGCACCGCUUUUUUGGGUGUGCUUUGAGUGUGGGCAAGGACACAAGGGCCCCAUGAUUCCCUAUUGCCCGGGGGCCCCA